GGUAGAGUCAUAGAAGAAGAUUCAAAACGAAAUUGAUGAUAUAAAAAUGCAGUUGUAAUAUACUGUAAUCGCAAAGCAUUUAAAGCAAAUUCGUGUAGGUACCACUCAUUUAUGAUGAAUGUAGAAGAUACUACACAGUUUUUACAUAAGUAUAGGGAGAUAAAAGGCCGUCGAUUAUCUUUUUGUCGGUUAUGUACAAAGUGCAUAAACGUCAUCACUAUGAAUUGUAAUUGUAAAUUUUAUGAUUAAGGUUCUAAUUAAAUUGCGUUUAACGUUAAAUAAUAGUUUUACACUGUUUUUAUAUAAAGCAAACAGAUUUGUAUACGGUUGAAUUACAAUGGAAAUUGAUGAACUGAAUAUUCCUGUACCAUGGGGGCACGUUGUAGUAAAAACUUGGGGAGAUAAAGAAAACGAACCUGUUUUGGUUGCCCAUGGUAUACAGGAUAAUGCCGGUUUUUUUGAUUAUCUAAUUCCACAUCUGCCAAAAUGUUUCUACUAUAUUUGCAUUGAUCUACCUGGGCAUGGUAUGUCCAGUCACUUUCCCCCUUUUUUGCCUAUUCACGUCAUGGAUUAUGUAUACGUUUUCAAAAUAGUUUUGGACUAUUUAAGCAGGAGUAGAUACACUAUCAUUGGACACAGCUUUGGGGGGCAAAUUAGUUUAUUAUUUUCACACUUGUACCCCGAGUAUGUCGUAAAACUUGUACUAAUUGAUGUGCUGUACUUCAGCAGUUUACAAAUUGAUGAGAUAAGGCCCGUGUUUGAAAAAAUUAUUGACCUAAAUAAUUUUCAAAAACAGCCACCUGUUUAUACUUUAAACGAAAUUUUGAAUAAAGCAACUGUUAAUCGAAGGACUAGCCAACUUCCCAUUGAUGUUUGUAAUACUGUGUUGCAGAGGUCAUUAAUUCAAAUUGGCGAAGAUCAAUUUAAAAUUUCUACAGACCCUCGUUUAAAAAGUAUAAUGAAAACUUUUAUGACGGAGGAAAUUGUUAUAAAGUUAUUAAAAGUAUAUCCUAUGAGAUGCCCAGUUCUUAUAAUACUAUCUUCCGAAUCUAUACUUCCGCAUAUUUACUCGGAACGGUUUUUAAACACAAUUUUAGGGGAAAUGAAGAAAAAUAAAAUGUUUACGUUCAAGGAAAUUGAAGGAAAUCAUGACUGUCAUGUUACUAAGCCUAAAGAAGUAUCUAAGUUAAUUACAGAUUUUUUGAUAAUUAACGAAAGUAGUAAGUUAUAGAAGUACGUAUCUACGUAAUUUGUUGUGAUGUAUAGAUAUAUAACUGUUGCCCUUUAGAUUAUGCAAGCUUUAAAAGAAUGUUAAAUGUUAGUUACAAUUAUCUGCAGUAUUAAAUUGGUAAAGGCUUUAUUGAUUUAUUUUUUACUUUUUUAUUAAUGUAUUUUAUUGACAACAUCAUAAAUUCAGGAUUAUAUUAUCAAAUAUAAGUAAAAAAUGGUAAUGAGUGAAUAAUUCAUUAUGUGCUCACUGUUAAGACCCAC